UUUUGAUGAGCAUAGGGAACGUUCGUACAAUUUAAUCUUUCAAAUCCAGUUCUAAAAUUGGAAGCUCACUCUAUUUUCAAUCCAUGGCGAAUUUGCUUAUCAACAGAACACUGAAAUCAAUCGGAAACUCCAAACUGAUCGGAGCUCUCUCUUCUCGAGCUCGCCACCUCAGCUCCGCCGCCACCGCCGAGCAGCCCCCAUCCGACGGCCCAUCUUCGCUCUUCACCUUCUCCUCCGACGGAAAAGAAGACAAGAGCAACAGAAAUACCCAAGAAGAUGACAGCAUAUACGUCAAGUCGCCGUCGAGUUCGAGUUCCAAGCGCGAAGCGGCGUCGUCGGUGACGAUGCCGAUGUCGUUCAUGACGGGGUCCAUCGUGGGAAAGAGGUUUUACAAUCAAGUGACGACGAGGCCGGCCGACGACGGGAAUGGGUGGACUGUGAUGCUCGAUUACCGGACGCUCAAAACGCCAUCGAAUAGGCCCCUAAAGCUUCCUACUUUAGCUCUGGCAAAGGCCAUUGCGGCGGAAUGGGAAUACCAGGAAACAGAUGGGAUUAGGCCCUUUACAAUGCCUCUUAUGAAGCAUGCUUGUACUGCACUGGAAAGUCCUCUGACUCGGCCAAAGGUUAUAGAUUAUUUGAUGAAGAAAUUUAAUCAAGAUUUACUCUUCUGUCGCGCCCCUAACGGCACUGAUAUCACUAGUGUUGUCCAUGACCGACAAGUGGAAAAAAUGGAUCCUUUGCUUGAUUGGGUGAAGUCAGAAUUUGGCUUCAAGCCUGCUGUGUACUCCAGCUUUUUUGGUGGGAAGCAGGAGGAUGGUCUCACAAAGGCUAUAGAGACCCUACUGAAACAAACAGAUGACUGCGAAUUGGCAGCAAUUGACGCCAUUGCAUCAUCAGCACACUCUCUAAUAAUUGCCAUUGGAAUUUUUCGUGGGAAGUUACAGAUUGAAGAAGCAAUCGAGUUGAUCAGACUCGAAGAAGAUAUACAGGUAGACAGGUGGGGUUUGGUUGAAGGCGGUCAUGAUGUAGAUGCAGCUGAUCUCAGGGUACAAAUCUCAUCAGCUACUGUAUUCCUCUGUCUGUCAAGGAGGACUUAAUGUUCAUACACCUUUUCUCUGUUCUGUUGCAUUUUCAUAUCUUCGUAAGAGCGUUCUUAGGAGGAGGUUCUUAGAAUGCUUACGAUGUUAUAGAUAUUUGAACUCUUCCCUGUGCUGCUCAAUUUUUUGUGAAUUUUCUCCUGUGAUUGAUGAAAUGAGGUUAAAGGAAUCUCUAAAAAUUGGCUUUGAUUCAGUGCAAUAAAAAAAAAAGAUCUCUCGGCUCCCUUGUACAA